GAACCUCAGAACUCUCAGAGAGAUGAUAAUUCACUCACACUCACAUAUUAUCAGCAGAGAGACACACAACUUCUUGAUACUCGCAGUGAAAUAUUUUCUAUUGUCAAAUAUUUGUACCGAGCGCUUACAAAGCAACAUGGAUGAAAAGACUCUUUAUUCUCUGGACUCAGAGAAUGGUUCAAAGAGCAGUGGCAGCACUACUGAACCCAACUACUGCAUGGGGAUGAGAAGAAACAAACGCAAGGCCAGCAUGAAUUACUCAUUACCCAGAAAAAGGCAGAGGUGUGCCGACGAACCCCCUGAGGUGCCAGUGGAGACUGCGACAGCCAGAGAGACCAAUGAAAAGGCCCCAACAGCAGAACAAAGCUGGGGAAAAAAGCAGAGGGGUCACAAAAACAACUCCGGCCAAGGGACCAAGAGAAAAGCCAGCACCGAAAGGGGUCCCUCCCCGAAGAGGCGGAGAACUGGAACCCACGACACCAACGCUGGUGAACCUACCAAGGUGUCAGCGCAGGAAGUCUCCCCGAGCUCCUGCAGGCCUUCAACCUCCCGGCAGAACAAUGGGACGCCAUCCUGCUCCGUCAGGACCAGCAGAGAAAAAUUUGAGGCCAAGUACCUGCUGCUUCUCAAGCUCGGAGAAGGCCGCCAAGGAACGGUUUAUGCUGGAGAAAGAAAAACUGACAACUUACCAGUGGCGAUCAAACGCAUCCCUAAAGCUGCUGUGAAGACUCGACCAGUGGUUAUAAAUGGAAAGACGCAGAUGUUGCCAUUGGAGGGGCUUCUCAUGCUGAGAGUGGCAGGUGGAGCGAGGUCACUGGGGAAACAUGCUGCCGUGUCAUUAUUAGACUGGUAUGAUCUGGGCUCAGAGGUCCUGCUUGUCAUGGAGAGACCAGUCCCCUGUGAGGACCUGCUGACCUACCUCAAUAAGAAUUUGUUCCUGAGGGAAGACCGAGCAAAGAAGAACAUCAUGAAGCAGCUGGUGGAAGCAGCAAUUAAGAUGCACUCUCGUGGAGUCUUCCAUCGGGACAUUAAAGCAGAAAAUGUCCUCGUUGAUUUAAGCUCUGAUGUCCCUCGUGUGAGAAUCGUAGACUUUGGAAGUGCCUGCUUGGUGACGAAGAUACCGCGCAAGUCCUUCUCUGGAACCACUGCCUACAUCCCUCCAGAGUUUUUCCGGCGUGGCACAUACGAGGCGGGCCCCAGCACAGUCUGGCAGCUGGGCGCUCUGCUCUAUGAAAUGGUGGACAGCUAUUUCACCACAAAAAAAUUCCUUCGCAAGAAAAUUACCAUAAACACUAUGCUGUCCAAAGACUGCCAGGACUUGUUGAAGGUGUGUUUGGCUGUGAACCCUCAGGAGCGCGGCACUCUGGAGCAGAUUCUGCUCCACCCCUGGUUCUCCUAAUCCUGCACAACCGACCACCCACAAUUUUGUGUCCUUUUUGGUAAUUUUGUGUCUUUUUUUGGUCAUUUUAUGUC